CCAACAUUACUAUAUCAAACCAAACGUCAACUUGGGACGAGUUUGAUCCAUAGCGUCAAAAAUUUUGUUGUUUUUAUAUCAAACUACUUCUAAAAAUCUCAAUAGGAUCCACGAUUGCUGUUUAUAAAUCAUGGAGGUCAAAGAAUGUAACGACUUGACGGAGGAGAAUCAAUUCAUCGUCGACGAUGUGAGUAAAAUUAUCAAGGAAGCUAUAGAAAAUUCUAUCGGUGGUACUGCUUAUCAACAUAACAAAGUAAAUCAAUGGACCUCUGCUGUUGUGGAGUCAUGUUUGGGUCAACUGACAAAGUUACAGAAGCCUUAUAAAUACAUAGUUACGUGCACAAUAAUGCAGAAGAAUGGGGCAGGCCUGCAUACAGCAUCCUCUUGUUUCUGGGACAACAACACGGAUGGCUCGUGCACGGUGCGUUGGGAGAACAAGACUAUGUACUGCAUCGUAUCUGUCUUUGGUCUGGGUAUCUGAUAUCGUAAAAAGAGACGCCACUCCAGGCGCUAAGUGUAUCAUCACACAACCAGCUAAUAGUAUGGAACUCGCCAGCUGCUAUCAUAACAGUAAUCACUAUGUACGCACUCAGUAUAAUAGAUAUUUUAUUAUUUGACAAAUAAGUUUUUAGUUGUUUUAAUUGUACUAAAAUUGAUGACUUAGUUUUCUUCAAGCUAUUAACUUAAUAACUAUUUAAUUUUGAUAUAGUGAUUAAAAAAAUUCACUGUUGUAAAUGCAGCAUUUUUGCCCUCUAAUGACAAAUAAAAAACAUGCAAAAGUUGUCUAAAAGCUACUUUUGCUUAUAAUUCAUUACUAAGUUAAGGUCUAAAAUGUUUUAAAUAAAUUUUGCCUUAAACUUACCAAAUGGUUUUAUUAAAAUUUUUUACUUUGCAUUUUUGGCAGCAGAAAUCUCACAAGCACCUGGCACUCCUUACAGCAAGUAUUAUAUGCCAUGCAAAGUAACUAGACAUCUCAUGUCAACACGGCACAUUAGUAAGAAAUGUAUGCAUGCUUUUUGUCGUCAUUGAAAUAAAACAUUUCUAUUAAAUAGAUUACAUACAACUGAUACCAAUACUUUGCCUUAAUAUGUUAUAAAACUAAAUAGCUUUGUCACUUGAGGAACACUUGUAGUUCCAUACAAUAAAUUUUCAUGUUUAGCUUGCAAAUUACGAUUCCAGCAAUAAUAAAAUAAUUUGUAUUUCAAUAACAGUCUAUUCAAUUUCUAGUAGUCAUUACUUAAUUUUAAGCAAGUAGGAUAUAUUUUCGUACUCAAUAAAUACAUUCAAAGUC